CUUUAUUCAGAUGAAGUUCAAAUUGGUCCAGAAACAGUCAUGACUACUUUAUACACUGCUAAAAAAUAUGCAGUCCCAGCCCUGGAAGCACAUUGUGUGGAUUUUCUAACGAAGCACCUCCGAGCAGAUAAUGCCUUUAUGCUGCUUACUCAAGCUCGUUUGUUUGAUGAGCCUCAGCUUGCUAGUCUUUGUCUUGACACAAUAGACAAAAGUACUAUGGAUGCAAUAAGUGCAGAAGGCUUUACUGAUAUUGACAUAGACACAUUAUGUGCAGUUCUAGAAAGAGACACCCUUAGUAUUCGAGAAAGUAGACUCUUUGGAGCUGUUGUUCGCUGGGCAGAAGCAGAAUGUCAAAGACAACAACUGCCUGUGACAUUUGGAAACAAGCAAAAAGUCCUUGGAAGAGCUCUUUCCUUAAUCCGUUUUCCAUUAAUGACUAUUGAAGAGUUUGCAGCAGGUCCUGCUCAGUCUGGAAUCCUGUCAGAUCGGGAAGUAGUAAAUCUCUUUCUGCAUUUUACUGUCAAUCCUAAGCCUAAAGUAGAUUAUAUUGACCGACCAAGAUGUUGCCUUAGAGGAAAAGAAUGCAGCAUUAACAGGUUCCAGCAAGUGGAGAGUCGCUGGGGCUACAGUGGAACAAGUGAUCGGAUUAGGUUCACAGUUAAUAGAAGAAUUUCCAUAGUGGGAUUUGGAUUAUAUGGAUCUAUUCAUGGACCCACAGACUAUCAAGUUAAUAUACAGAUAAUUGAUUACGAGAAGAACCAAACGCUAGGACAAAAUGAUACUGGAUUUAGUUGUGAUGGAACAGCCAGUACAUUCAGAGUUAUGUUCAAAGAACCUAUAGAGAUUUUGCCAACGGUUUGCUACACAGCUUGUGCAACGUUGAAAGGUCCCGAUUCCCACUAUGGAACAAAGGGUUUGAAGAAAGUGAUUCAUGAAUCUCCUACUGCUAGCAAAACAUGCUUUGUCUUUUAUAGUUCGCCAGGUAACAACAAUGGUACAUCAAUAGAAGAUGGACAGAUACCAGAAAUAAUAUUUUAUACAUAAUUUCACAUGAUCAUCUCGAAUGUGUCAGUGUAUCGGUGGACUUCAGCUCACUAUUGGCGGCGGUUAAAAAAUUCUGUGAAAUUACAUGAAUGUGUGAAAACUUGUUUAAGAGGUACCAGAAAAGCUAUUUUCUCUGCAUCGCUAUUGGCAGAAUGUAAUACAGCUUUUCCUUUUAACAAAAGGGCAGGUGGAAUAAGUAUUCUGUAUAUUGAAAAGAUUGCUUUAAAUUGUAACUUGUGAUUAAUUGCUUUGUAUUUUCACCCCUUCAUUUCUCAUGUAGUAAAAUUCAUUUUUUGAACUGGAAAA